AUGGAUCUCGACGGAGCCGAAUCUCCGUGGGGCGACGAACCCUCACGUUCCCCAGGCGCCACGCGCAAUGGGUCGACGACAGAAAGUGCGCCCAGCCGUCCGGCGCAAGACUCUCUAACCCCAGCGCAAUCCACUCGACGGGGACCCAAGACUCCGCGAAAAGUCAACGCCCAAGUCACCAAACUAGAAGCCGUCGAUGAUACUACAGACCCGCUGGGGCCUCUUGGAGAGGGCUCCUUUGUGGAGGAAGCUCCUGCGCCGCCGCUGAAGGAGCCUGCUGCCAGUGGACGGGCUGUGCGCCCGGUCUCUGACUUGUCACGUACGUCGAGCGGAGCGGGCUUGAUGGACUCUGUGAACCUAGAAGAUGAACAGCCUCGACUGAAAAAUCCUCCUCCCGUCCAACCACCCAGUGCCGAAUCUCCCAAGAGACAGGUCCAGCCUAGCAUCAGCGUGGAACAAGCCGCUAAGCCGACAUUCACCAUCACUGUUGGCGACCCGCAUAAAGUCGGCGAUUUGACUAGCAGUCAUAUUGUAUAUCAAGUGCGGACAAAGACCAGCUCCAAGGCAUAUCGCCGGUCUGAGUUCGAAGUUAGCCGCCGAUACAAGGACUUUCUUUGGAUCUAUAACCAACUACAUAAUAACAACCCGGGAGUUGUGGUCCCUCCGCCACCAGAGAAACAAGCCGUUGGUCGUUUUGAUACCAACUUUGUGGAAUCGCGAAGAGCAGCCCUGGAACGCAUGGUCAAUAAGAUCACCGCACACCCGGUACUCCAGCAUGACGCAGAUCUCAAGAUUUUCUUGGAGAGCGAGACGUUUGGAAUUGACAUCAAGAACAAGGAGAACCGCGAGCCCGACUUGGGCCAGAGCAAGGGCAUGUUCAGUUCUUUCGGUAUAUCGGUUGGCGGAGGCGGAAAGUUUGUCGAGCACGAUGAUUGGUUCCAUGACCGGAAGAUCUAUCUCGACGCCCUUGAAAACCAGCUCAGAGCUCUAUUGAAGUCGAUCGACACCGUGGUAGCCCAAAGAAAGGGCCUUGCGGAGGCAGCUGGCGACUUUUCCGCAUCUCUUCACGCGCUGGCCGCUGUUGAGCUGUCACCAGCUCUCACCGGGCCUUUGGAGGGUUUAUCAGAGCUCCAACUCCGGAUACGCGAGCUUUAUGAACGGCAGGCACAGCAGGAUAUCCUGACGCUGGGAAUCACCAUUGAUGAAUAUAUCCGACUUAUUGGCAGUAUCAAGACUUCCUUCUCGCAGCGACAAAAGUCAUUUCACAACUGGCAUAAUGCAGAGGCUGAGUUGCAAAAGAAACGAACCACGCAAGAGAAGUUGCUCCGACAGGGAAAAUCCCAGCAAGACCGCCUCAAUCAGAUCAAUGCAGAUGUUGCCGAUGCAGAACGCAAAGUUCACCAAACUCGAUUGCUGUUCGAGGACAUGGGACGAUUGAUGAGGAACGAGCUAGAGAGAUUUGAGAAGGAGAAGGUGGAGGACUUUAAGUCGGGCGUGGAGACCUUUUUGGAAGGUGCAGUAGAGGCUCAAAAAGAGUUGAUUGAAUUGUGGGAAAGUUUCCUGCUGCAGCUCGAUGCCGGAGAUGAAAUCAACCCAUACUAUGCGCCGACCCCAGCCCCUGCAGCCCCUGCACCGCCAGCUGACGAAGCAGAGGAAACCCCAGCGAAAAGUCCAGAAGAAGAGAGAGCUGCAGCUAUUGCGGCUGCCGUGGCUGCAGAGGAGGAGGCGCAGUGA